AUGGGCAAGCGCAAGAAGUCUAGCCGCAAGCCGGCAGCCCCCAGGAAGAAAGAGCCCCUCCCAACCACAUUUUCUUGUCUAUUCUGCAACCAUGAGAAUUGUGUGAUAGUGAAGCUGGAUAAGAAAUUGGGUCUCGGGAACCUGUCAUGUAAAAUAUGCGGCCAGCGAUUCCAGACCGGCAUCAACUACCUCUCCGCUGCCGUCGAUGUUUAUUCUGACUGGGUGGAUGCCUGCGAUGCGGUUGCUAAGGACGCCGCCGCUGGCAAUGCUGUGGAGACUACUGCACGUGGAGCAAAUGAAGGAUCCUCAGGUCCGGUGAGACGCGAGGCUGAAAGAGAGGAACUCGAUCAGUCUGAAGUCGGCCUUGAUGACUACUGA